AUGAAUAUGGUAGGAUGGGGUCGCGUCGCUGCACGGGGGCUGCACCCAGUGUGGGGUUCAUGUGUUGCUUCAGUGCCUCGUGGUUCCAUGGGACUGCGCUGUAAGGCAGCGAUGACCUGCAAGAGCAAGCGUGGUCGCGUCUUGAAGUCACGAUCAAGUGCUUCUGCACUUAUUAAAAAAUCUCAAGUGGGCAAGUUACUGAAGCUGAAUCAAGGCAAUGUUCUGAAGGCGACAAAGAAAGCCGCGAAAGUAGAAUUGAAAAAAAAUGCAGCAGCACUAGAAGCUGAAGCAAAUCUUCGACUGCGUAACUCGCUGGUGCUCCGCUUUAGCAACGAAAACUCGUAUCUGAAUUGGGCAAGAAAUGGUGUGUUAUCCUCGGCUGUCGGAGUCGCAAUGUAUGCACAGGAGCAUCACCGAGGAGCUCAGCUGAGUGGUGCAGGUUUGCUUUUGCUGGGCUUUGGUUAUAUUGGAGUGGGUACUGCAAAAUAUAUUUACUAUAUUUUCCGCUUUCGCCACGUUAUGGAGCUGUCUUGGGCAAGCGUCUUCGGAACGAUUUCUCACGCAGCGUGGGGGCUGGCCAUAUGGCUGACUGCUAUUGCCUCCUUUUUAGAAAGUGUACCACUUGAGCUGGAUGCGAUGCUGCUGACCGAACCCAUCGCGAGUUAUUUACCUUUUCGAAUUCGUCAAGGUUUAAUUGAGACAUAUAGUCUCCAUCUUGAUGAUCUUGAACAUCAUAAUGACGAGCAAGAGCGUGUAAUGCGAGCGAUUCGCGGUGAUCGGAGAGCCCCAGAUCUGGCAAACGUUGAGGAGGGAGAGGAAUUGCCCCCUCAGCUUGAAGCACAAUUGAUUGAGCAACAGCUCCACACAGCCCCAUGCCCAGCAGUCAUGAGCUCUUCGCCUCCUCCGCUUUAA